GUGGACUUGUGUGUAUAGUGCCGCGACGUUGCGGGCGCGUUUGUCAACAAGUUCCGUGUUGUUCGUAUCGUACACGUUUCGGGCGCGAGUAGGAGACUUUAGAUGAAUGAAAAUGCACAUAUAAUAAAGCACAGAAACCUCGUAAAGUGCUUUUUGUUCGUAUUUUUCAAAUAAUGGAUUUGUUUUCGGAUAUUAAAUAUGUGACAGAUGUUGAUGAACAUAUUUUUCCAUACAAAACCGAAGUAAAUGAAACUCUGUUAGCGAAUACCCCUCUACAACGGAAUAUUUAGCUGUGAAAUGUGUUUAGUGUACAAAUAAAAGUGAAAGUAACCGUUGUACAGCGCGUAACUUAUACCAAAACAAACUUCCGAGCUGGUGGUCUGGCAUGUGUUAUUGAUCUGAAGAAAUGCAAAUGCAUUUUCUCCAUAUUUCGAUUGCUGAGUACUAGUGAAAAAAAUGUUCAACUUCAUGAAGAAAGGCGGAGCCGAGAAGGAAGAUAAGGAGAAAAGGAAGAAGGAGAAGAAGGAAAGGAAAGAAAACAAGAAGAGAGAUCGCGGGCCCAUGACAGCUGAGGAGCUGUUACGACUGGAUGAGGUGCGGCGCUCGUUGAAGAUCCGCGGCCGGCGCAAGGAGAAGGAGAAGCUGCCGAGCGGCAUCACGGCGGACUACACGGCCAGCUUCUUCGCGGGGCUGGAACACGGGCCGGAGUACGCCGGAGGCUCGAGCAGCCUGCCCGGGCACAACCACCACGGCCAGUACGGCGCGCCCACCGGCAACGGCAACGGCAACGGCGGCUACGGCUCGCCGGCCAGUCCGUCGUACGGCGGCGCGGGGGCCACGGCGGCCGGCGCGUGGGCGUCGCGGGGCGGCGCCGCCUCCGCCGUGGACGGCCUGACGCAGAGCGACAGCAGCGAGGCCAGCCUCACGUCGCUGAGCCACCCUCCGCCGCCCCCGCAGCAGCGCUCGCUGCCGCCGCUGCCCCCCAGGCCGCCCAAGCGCGGCAUCCUCAAGGGCCCGCGCCUCGCACUCGCCGCCGACGCCGCCGUCCAGAACGGCGGCGACAACCACCACGACGCCAUCCUGGUGCGCAACACGCUGCAGAACGAGGUGAUCACCUACCAGAACGUGGCGCAGGUGCUGGCCAACCACCACCAGCAGCAGCAGCAGCAGCAGCUGUACCAGCAGCAGCAGUCGCCGCAGCGCUACGGCCACGUUAUCUCGGCGCGAGAUACGGCGGGCAGCAGCAGCGGCGGCGACGCGAGCAGCGGCAGUAGCGCCGGGCGCGCCGCCGCGUACGACAUGCAGCGCACCGGCCCCGUGGCCGAGCCCGACGAGGCGGACCGCAGCGGCGCCUACCACACGCCUCCCCCGCUGCCGCCGCCCGCCUCCCACCUGCUGGAGGUGGCCGCGGCGGGGGGCAAGGCGGCCAGCGCCAGCCCCAGCGCAGACAGCCUCACCGACACCACCACCACCAACAGCAGCUUCGCGACGCCGCCCUUCAGCCUGAGCCCGGUGGGCGAGAGCCAGGGCCUGUGCUCGGGCCGCUGGGGGCGCUGGGACGACGAGCUGCCGCUGCCGCCGCUCACGCCCGUGCCGCUGCCCCGCCCCCGCGAACUCACCAUCCAGCGCCAGCCGCCCCCGCGCGCCGACUUCGGCUUCUCGCUGCGGCGCGCCGUCGUCGUCGAGCGGCUCGCCAGCGGACUCACCAAGGCGGUCACGUUCGCGGAGCCCGGCACCGUCGGCGGGGGCGGCGGCGGCGGCGGCCACGAGACGGGCCUGCUGCCCGGGGACCGCCUGCUCGAGGUCAACGGCGUGCCCGUCGACGACAAGAGCCGCGAGGAGAUCAUCGACCUCAUCAAGUCGUCCGGCGCCAGCGUCACCGUCAAGGUGCAGCCGGUGGCGGAGCUGUCGGAGCUGACCCGUCGCUGCGGUCUGGACGGCGCCGCCUUCGAGCUGGACGAUUCCAACAUCAGAGGCGGCACGCUGAGGCGCAGCGGCAGCAGGCGGUUCGCCACGCAGACCACGGCGCGCUCCGAGGAGCAGGUGUCGGCGUGGCUGCAGUCUGCAGAGCACGUGUGGCUGGUGCACCGCGCCGGCUUCUCGGCCGCCCGCCGCUGCCCCACGCCCGCCGACAGCGACUCCGACGGCGACGCCGCCACCUCGGGCAAGCUGCGCAUCUGCCUCGACGCCACCGGCGACACGCUGCUCGUCGACGAAGACGACGUCGAGAAGGCAAACCCUCCUCAGUUUGACAGAGCUGAGGACUUGGCUCACCUCCGCUACCUCAACGAAUCGAGUGUGCUUCACACGUUACGUCAGAGAUAUGCCAGUAACCUCAUUCACACCUAUGCUGGUCCUGCAAUGGUUGUCAUCAAUCCCAUGGCACCACUUGCUAUCUACUCUGAAAAGGUUGUACAAAUGUUCCGUGGCUGCAAGUCGGAAGACAUGCCUCCACACAUUUACUCCCUCGCACAGUCAGCAUACAGGAGCAUGUUGGCAUCUCGUCGCGACCAGUCCAUUGUCCUUUUGGGUCGUAGUGGCUCUGGAAAGACGACAAGUUUCCGACACAUACUUCACUACCUCGCCCUGGCUGCAGGGACUGUCAAUAAAGUGGCUACAGUUGAAAAGUUGAGUGCCAUAUCAUCAGUAAUGGAAGCAUUUGGAAAUGCAAGGACUGUAAUGAACGCCAAUGCUACACGGUUCACGCAGAUUUUCAGCUUGGAUUUUGACCAAUCAGGACAGAUAGCAUCUGCUUCAAUACAGGUGUUACUGGCAGAGAGAAGUCGUGUAGUUCAUCGACCAGAAGGAGAACCAACAUUUCAUAUUUUCUACCGCAUGUUGGCUGGAGUGGAAGGUCCUUUACGGAAGGAAUUGUAUCUUGAUUCUAGUCUCUCUGAACAUAAUUUGUUCAUGACCCCACUACAUAAGCAUGAAGAUAAGCAACGAGCAAUGCAAGAGUUUAUUCGUGUAUGUACAGCAAUGAAAACACUCGGUAUUACAGACGCUGAAGCCAAAAUUAUAUGGUCAGUUCUUGCUGCCAUAUAUCACUUGGGAGUAGCAGGUGCAGUUAAAGGUGGUAAUGGUGGUCGCUGGCAGUUUGGAAACCCACGAGCGGCACAACACGCUGCUAGGCUGCUGGGAACCUCAGCGGAGGAGCUGGGACGACUGCUGUUUGGUCAGGGGACUCCACCCACACCAAGGCAGCCGUUCCGUACACCAUCACCCACCGAGAGGGAUGUGACAGGCAUUGAAGCUCUUGAAGGUCUCGUAACGGGGCUGUACGGAGAAGUCUUCAAUGCUGUUGCGGCACUUGUAAAUAGGUCAAUAUCAGCUUCAACGCAUACGGUGUCAUCCAUAGUACUGGUAGACUGCCCAGGCUUUCAAAACCCUGCAUCUUGUGGCCAUCAGGGUGGAGCGACAUUUGAAGACUUGUGCCACAAUUACCUUCAAGAACGACUGCAACUGUUGUUCCAUCAUACCACAUUAGUUGCUCCUCGUGACCGAUAUGCUCAGGAACACAUAGAGUGUGUGCUGGAGGAUGAAGGGGAAUCGGGCUCCCCAGCACCCAUGGUGUCUCUGCUGGACAGAGCAUCACAGAGUGCCAUGGUCCGGUCCUCUCAGACAGACCUCCGCAAUGCAGGAGACCGCAGGGGCUUGCUGUGGUUGCUGGAUGAGGAGGCAGUCUUCCCUGCAGCCAGCGAUGAAGGCUUUCUGGAGAGACUCCUGGCGCAUUAUGGAGACAGAGAACACCAGCUGCUGUUGCGCAAGGCUCCUGGACACAACCAGUUCGUCUUGCAGCAUUUACAGGGCACAAAUCCUGUACUAUAUACAGCAACUGGUUGGCUCAAAGCAUCUCGAGAAAAUCCAAUGGUUCGAAAUGCUGCCACACUGCUCCAGGAGUCUUCCAAGGAAGAAAUGAGCCAGCUGUUUGUGAGUAUCCGUGGCACCGGAGUUUCAAGCACGCUGGGUGGCUCAGUUGUGGGAAUUGAAGGCACACAGUCACUAAGGAGAGCAUCGAGCAUACGCAGAACAUUCACGGCUGGAGCUGCGGGUAUCAAACGAAAAUCUGUUUGCCUGCAAGUCAAGUUCACUGUGGAUGGCCUUGUUGAAACACUACGAAGGACUCGGCUGAAGUUUGUGCACUGUUUCUUGCCCCAACAUAAUGCUGGGCUUUCUGAUGCAAAGUCUCAGCUGCCACGUUCUGGCAGCACAGGGAAUGCUGAGGAUCUUGUUAUCAAUGUACCAUUGCUUAGGUCUCAGCUGCGAGGAGCGCAGCUGGUGGAGGCAGUGCGCCUGCACAAGCAGGGCUUCCCUAAGUUCCUGCCCCUCUCAGAGUUCCGCAGGAGGUUCCGCCUGCUGGCUCCCCCUGAGGCAAGACCCACCAGCCCUGUACCAGAUGAGAGGCGAGCCGUCGAAGAGAUGCUGCUCGGCAUUGACACCGACCCCUCCGGGUACCGCGUCGGGCUCAGUCAGAUAUUCUUCCGUUCUGGUGUUCUUGCACAAUUGGAGGCUCAGCGAGACGAACGGCUAACUGACCAUGUUGUGAGGCUACAAGCACAGUGCCGAGGAUAUUUAGCUCGGCGCAAGCUUCAUAAGCUCAAGAUCCAGGACCUGGCAGUGCGCUGCAUACAGCGCAAUGUUCGCAAGUUUCUGUUGAUCCGUGAUUGGCCAUGGUGGCGACUUCUGGUCCGAGUCACUCCCCUUCUCAAUGUACACCGCACUGAAGAAGAACUGAGAGCCAAGACGGAGGAACUGGAAGCCCUCAGAGCAAAAGUAGAGAAGUUGGAGCAGGAACGCACUCACUUGAAACACGAUACAGAUCGUCUGGAAGCAAAGCUGAGUGAAAUGACAGCAGACCUGGCUGAAGAGCACUCAACAGCAACACUUGCUACAGAGCGUUUGGAAGCAGAAACUGCUGAACGUCUGCGACUUGAGAAAGAACUUUCAGAAGUCCAGUAUCAGAAGCAGAAUCUGCAACAGACUUCAGAGCGACUGGAAAUGGAAUUGUUGUGUAUGCGAUCUGCAGCUGAGGUGAACGGCUUGGGAUCAGAUGAUGAGGGUGAUGGGGAGGACUCAUCGGGAAGUGUGUACAAGCAGCGCUAUGAGCGGGCUGUGCGUGAACUGGAGUUUACACGCCGUCGCCUGCAACAGCAACAUGAAGAUGACCUUGAGCAGCUUGUUGCACUUAAGAAACAAUUGGAGAAAAAGUUGGCAGAUGCUUAUGAGGAAGUGGAAGAACAGCGGCAAGUUGUCGGACAAUGGAAGAGGAAAGUGCAGAAGCUGAAUGCAGAAAUGAGCGACCUCCGUCUUUUGCUAGAGGAACAGAAUUCUCGGAACAAUCUUCUGGAGAAAAAGCAGCGCAAGUUUGACUCCGAACUUCAGUUGCUUCAGGAUGAACUACGACAAGAAAAGCAGCAGAAGGAGCGUAUUUCACGUGAAAAAGAUUUGGCCAUUGCAGAAAAGUAUUCUCUCGAGCAGGAUCUAAGUGGUGUGCGGCUGGAAUUGGAACUCAAAGAAGAAAAAGUUUCAGCUCUUACACAGGAAUUAGAUGAACUUACUUUUGGAGGCAAGACUGAAGAAGAGGUUGCUCAGCUCAAGAAGGCAAAACAUGAAUUGGAGAAACGGCUGAAGGAACAGGAGGAGGAACUCGAUGAGCUUGCUGGCCAAGUUCAGUUGUUGGAGCAGGCAAAACUUCGGCUAGAGAUGAGCUUGGAGCAGCAGCGCAAAGAAAGUCGGAGAGAAGCCGCCCAGCGGGAUGAAGAGCUCGAGGAUGCUCGGUGUGCAGCACAUAAGAAAGUCAAAGCACUGGAAGCCCAGUUAGAAUCAGAACACGAGGAACGUACCGCUCUCCUGAGGGAACGACAUGAACUGGAGAGGCGGUUAGCAGCUGCCGAAGAAAUGGCUCGCGCUGGUCGCAGUCAGGAAGAGGAGCAGCUGCAGCGACUGCGGCGUGACCUUCGCAGGACUAAGGCCCUCUUGCGGGAUGCACAGGCGGCGCUUGAGAGGGCGAGGGCAGACUCUCCAGGCAAAGCUCUUGUUAGACAGCUUCGAAACCAGUUGGAAGAUCUGGAGGUGGCCCGAGCGGCAGCAGUGAAGGCGCGUCAGACAGCUGAGCUGGAGCUGAGCGAGGUUCAGGCUAUGCUCGAGGAAGCACAGAGGUCUCGCUCUGAGGCAGAGGAUAGAGCUGCAGCCGUUGCAAGGGAACGUUCGGAGCUGAGGACGCAGUUGGAAGAGAAUGAAGAAGAGCUGGCAGAGGUCCUCAAGAAGUACCGUUCGACAGUUCAGCAAUUAUCUGCAGAGCAGCUAGCACUCCAGGAGCAGGCAGGUCGUGUCUCAGAAUUGGAAUCUGAAAGAGCUUCACUUCGUGAACAGCUUGCAGAACUGACAACUCGUCUUGAGAGCAUGGAGACCCUGGGUGAUCCAUCGUCAAGCCUAACACAACGUCGUCUUGAAAUGCGCACCAAGGAGCUGGAGUCAAAACUUGAGUUGGAACAAACUACACGUGCUCGCUUAGAGGUCCAAAUAGCACGACUGAAGGAAGCAGUUGAAAGACUUCAGGAUGAGGCAGCGGCAGCACGUGCAAAGGAGCAGGCGGCAGUAGAUGCGUCCCGUAAGCUGCAGCGUACUGUUCGUGAACUACGUGAGGAACAAACGGCGGCGGCAGCUCGUGAAUCCGAAUGGGCCGUACGUAAGCGUGACCUUGAAAAGCGGCUGGAGGCUUCUGAAGCAGAAGCAGCUGCUGCACGUCAGGAUCUCCGACUAGCACUUACUCGAAUAGAGGAUCUCCAGUCAGCAAUUCGUGGAGAACUUGAAGAUGGAGAGGACAGCAAUGAUGAUGAAAAUUCUGACAGUGCUCAAGACAGUGAUGUUUCAGAAGAUUCCAUGAGUGUGUACCUCACAAACCAUAAAGUCCACGUCAACUCCAGCCCUCGUACAACUCGAGCGUCACUAGAAUUGGAUAUUACUUCAAGAUCACUGGAGGUGGCUUCACUGAAAAAGCCGAACGACAGCUCAGGGAAGGAGUCGUUUGCAUGAGACUGUCUGAACAUAGCCUGCUGUGUUGUCAGCAGCUGGCUACCACGAUGAGCCGCAUUCAUAGGAGAAUGGACUCAGUGGGGGGGCAGCCUGUCACAGAUGGCUCCCAUACCACAUUUCUGAGACUGGACUGAGUACAAUAAACUGCAGGAUAUACUGUAACAAUUUGAACAUAAUAUAUAGAUUUUAGUACAAUAAAUUAUUGUUUGCUCUCUAUUAGCAAAGAUAUGUAAUGAAUUGUAUAAAUAUGUAAAAUUAAAAGCAACUUUGGGCUAAUAUAUAAAUAUAUAUAUAUGUAUAUCUUUGUAUACUGCUGCAUACCUUACCAAUAUAUUUCUUAAAGUCUUUUGAAAUUCCUAUCUGUGUCAUUGUUAGUUUCCUGAAAGAAAACCUUGACUGUUGUGUUCAGCAUUUAAAACUGUUAUUGGGAAAUAAUUGUUUUAGUAUAUUUAUAUGUUACUGCAUUUCCAAUAAUAUAAUAAUUGUGUUUUUUAUGGAAAUGUGAACAUACUUUCAUUGCCAUCGAUUCCAUUCCUGAGAAAGUGAAGUAUUUGCCAAUAAAUGUUUUAUAAAUAACAUGUCUUUGUUGCUUAAAUAUUUGUCAGAAAUGAUUUUUAAAGACCUAUGUACAGUGUCUCAUUGUUGAUUGGACAUGUGGAGAGAAAAUGUAUGAUACCUAUAUAUUUAUAUGAAUAUGGCAAUCAAAUGGUGGCUUGAUGAUAAAUUUUGAGGAAGCUGAAAAAAGUUAGCAAGACAGCAGAACAAAAUGGCAAACAGAAAUUGCACAAAUAAUUGUGAAACAUGUGAAAUCAGAGGCACAUCCAAUUUGUUUACUGACUGUUAUGGUCAUAUACUCAUUCCACUGCCAUCCUUUUACAAAAUUAUUUGAAGAUAUUUGAGUUUCGUGACUAUUUUGAAUAUUGCAAGAUUAAAAAUAUAACUACUGGCAA